CCGGCACAACUGGUUCGAUCGGUCGUCGCCGUCGUCAUCGUCGUCGUCGUCGUCGUCGUAGUUACGAGGCAACGCGAAAAUUAACGUUACUGCACCAUUUCCGCAAUGAGCAUAAAACGUCGCUUUUUUAAUCAUUAUCAUUUGAGCUCCUCUCGUAUUUCACGGUACGGCAAACUCCCGACGUAUUAUUAUUAAUCGUUGAUCGAUAUUAGUGAAGUUAUUCGUGAGAACUGCCAGCUUAAAAUCACGAAAUAAUUCAUUCCGCAUUUCGUCGUCGAUAUAUCCACCGCUGACUCGAUUUUUCUUAAAUACGUUAUUAUACCGAAGAUCAAAGAGGGCAAAGGACGGCCGUUUUAAACCGCGCUUUCCACGAGCUCUUCCCUCUCAUCGUCCAAUCCUCGUCUAGCGUUCACAGCGUGUAGUCGCAGCCGGCAAUAUUACUGCGGUGAAUCCCAGAAUCCCAGUUAAGGCCUCAGGAUUUAUUAGCCUCAUUUUUUCUCGCUUACCUUCCGUUGUUGAUGUUCUUUUUUCUCGAAUAUCAUUCAAUCACUCCCGCUUACUUUCGCGCCGAGGAAUCGCCUUUUUGUUGUUUAUAUUUUUAUCAAAAUGUGCGACAGUUCGCGAUGACGAGCUUUAAAAAGGGAUCUCGGAAAAGGUGUUCUGCUCUGUGCAGCCAGCAGUAAUUUUUUUUUUACUCAAUUCUACGAGGGCUCGAUCAUUUCUCCUCGACGCCUAACCCCGCAGCCAUAACACGGCUGUGAAGAUCUGAAGAUGCCAGCAGCGGGGGCAGCAGUUCCCGCGGUUGUGGAAGAUGUCGGCCAGUUGGAAGACCUGGACGAGCCGCCGGAGCCCCGGGGCGAAGGAGUACGCGCCGGCCAGGCUCCUGGUCGAGGUGGAAUUAUGAAGCCUCUCGUCGUACUCGCACUUCCUGGCAUGUAUCUUUUCUACAAGUACAGCCAGUACAGGCGCGAGCAGCGGGAAUUGUCUCGUCGAAGGAUAACGGAAAGGGAGUUGCAGCACCUUCAUCACAAAAUAGACAAAUUGUUGACGAAACUCGAAGAAAAUGAACCGGAACUUGCCUCUUCCCAGGAAGACGAGUGCGUUAUUUGCGUCAAUGCGAGAGCCACUAUGCAAACUGCACCUUGCGGACACAGGGUCGUCUGCAGAAGGUGCUUCGUCAAAACUAUACAAAUGGCCGUUUCACAGAGACUUUUACCACUCAGAUGCGUCAUAUGCAGAGCGAAAAUUUUACGACUGAAGCAGACCCUCAUUCCACGAGACUACUCUAUGUCCGGAAAAUCGUGGGUACUGCCGCAAAGUGCUUCGGAAUACAAUAUGGGAACUGGAGUUCCCGUUGGGGUGACCGGCCCCGGUGGCACAUGGGGAACCGGAAAUGUGCCAGCGUCGGCGUCCCUCUAUUCAAUGGCCAGUGGAUCGUCCUCCAUUUCCGGCGUGUCUUCCGUAUCAUCGGCGACCUCAUCGUCGACGAGUAGUUCCGGAAGUUCCGGCCUAGCCAAACCUCCGAGGCUGCGUCAACCGACGGGCCCAACGUUAAGACGAUCGCAAACGCAAUCGAUGAAAAUGCGAAUACAGGAGUAUCAAGACCCGAUACAACAGGUCGCUGAAGACGACGACCUGAUAAGGGACAAUCGGGAACGAAGAUUACCGCCUAUCAAAGAAUUUCAGAGGGAUUAUCGAGUGGGAAAAGCUUCCACGAGACUACGAUGCGCACAGAAAAUCUUGACUCAGUUGGAAACUUCGCCGAGUCAUCGAGUGACGAGUAGCAACGUUAGUUCGACGACGACGCAAUCGACUUUGUCGUCUAAAUCGAUCGUAGGAACAUCGGCAUCGUUAUCGGGGCCUACGAGAUCUUCGACGAAGACGAGGACGCCGUCGACAACGCCGUCGGGGGUGGCGCCGGCGACGUCGGCCUCGGUGCCAUCGGCGGCCUGUCCAAAGACCGUAAUGACCGUUGCUCAAGAGGUUCAAAAGACGAAGAAGGAAAAGGAGAAGGAAAAGGAACGAGAAAAGGCGGAAAAGGCCAGACAGAAGGAGGAAGAAAAGGCGGAAAAAGCGAGGCAGAAGGAGGCGAAAAAGGCUGCGAAGGAAGAAAAGAAAAGGGCGAAGAAAGAGGCCAAAGCGAGACGGAAGGAAGCCGAGGAGUCGCUCCUCCGAGACGACAAGUAAUAAUCCUCUAAAACUAACAACAAAUUAACAAACAAACAAUUGCCAAGAAAAUCCUACGGAAAACGAAGGAACAAACGGGAUUUGCGAGAGAAAACAUAAACAAAAUAGACUAAAAACGGCUUAAUGAAAUAUUGUGACGAAAGAAAUGACGAGAUCGAAUACAAAGGUUUAAACCAUCGGCGAUAAAAAACGUCGACGUAGUAUAUACAUGAAUAUACAAUGAAACAACAAAAAAUGGGAUAGAAAUCAAUUCUGGAAGUCUAGACGCGGCCAAAACGACAACUACUAAUUGUUAAUAUCGAUUAUACUAACCUCCGAAUACGAGAAUAUUUUAGUCUAGAAAACGAUAAAUAAAUUAAUAAACAACAACAAACAAACAAACAAACAAAGCUUAGAGAGAAAGAGAAAAUAAUCUCAAAUGAAUAAACUAGUUUUAACGAAUAGUUGAGAUUAAUUAGACGAAAGUGCGUAAAAGAGUGUGGAAUUGAAGAGGAAAAAGAAGAAAAGCUGAAUGAGACGAGAGAGUCUAAAAUCUGGAUGUGCAUUCCAACGCCCUUGCGAGAGUGUUUCUUUCGGCGAAUCAGCCAUUUUUUUAUGUUCCUCAUUUUUUAAUCUCAAAAGAAUGUAUUUGACAAAAUACAAUGAAAAUCUGUCGCAGUGGCGUUGUGAGAUCGAUAAACUCGAGUUUUAUCUUCGAACGGUAUUGUCUUGUUAGGCGAAUAAAAAUAAUCCGGUUCCUCCAGUCAAUUGAGCACUCAAAAGAACGGACCUGGCUGAAAAUCUGUCCUCACUAUCAUUAGGUGCGAACGCGAGUUAAAGUUUCAAAUAAAAUAAAUAUAAAUGAAUAAUAAAUUGAAUUAAAAAAAAACAACAACAAACAAACAAACAAACAAAUAAGCGAAUCUUAACCUAAUAGUUCAAAAGUUCAUGAGGACGGAUCUCAACGGUACGACGCGAUCGAGGAGAUCACUUGUUAUACGAAAAAAAAUUAUAUCUGAGCGACGUAGUUCAAAGUAUGUGAGAAAAUACUGCGUAAUAUCAUUCAUAAUUGUAUAUAUUAAAAAAUAAUGUAUCUGAGGUUUUUACGCCAAUCGGACCUGAAGUCAAACGAAACUUCAUCUUUUAUUUAGUCCAUGUUGCUGAAUAGCAGGAAAUACAAUACUGCAAUUUAUUAUUCAUUAAUUUUUUAUCGUAGUUACAUACGCUUGAAGGAAAUUUUUUGUUUAUAGAUUAGAUUAGCAUUGAUUGAAGGAGAAAUGUGUGAAUAUAUGACCUUGAGCAUCAUUCAAAUACUUCGAAUAACUCGAUACUCGAACAUCGAGACUGGCUCAAACUAAUAGUUUUUCUAGCGAUAAUAAUCAUUCGAUUCUUCAUUAAUAUUCUUUUCGAAUUUGAACAAUAGACAAACUUUUCGAAAGGGCGAUUUAGCGUUAACCUCAUUUAUACAUAAUCGUGACGAUAUGUCCCUUCGCGCAAUCUUAUUUUUGACAGUUGUCAAAAAUCGAAAAAGUUAAUAAACAGAGGGAGACAGAGAGAGAGAGAGAGAGAGAGAGAGAGAGGAUUGAGAGAGCAUCGUAACCAAAGAUAACGAAAAAUAGUGGAGCAUCGGCCUCUCCACUGAUGAUAAUCAAAAGCAUUUUUUUUACAAAACACACGCCCACGUGAAGUAAAAUAAAAGAAAUGCCAAAUGAAAAUAAUCGAUCUUCGAAUUUCGUCGAUAUCAAAAUAGCGGAUGUUGCCGCAGGGCUGGUCAGAAAUGAGCGAGAGACAUUUGGAAAAAGCAGAGCAAAAUGGUCGAUGUAUUUUGUGAAAGAAAAGAGGAAAAUGGUGGCAUACCGAAUAUCCAAAUGAAUAAUCAACUCGAGCAAAACAAUAUUUUUAAAAGGAUUUCGAAUUAUCUGAAAAAAUGAGAUCUUCAGAGCAUUUCGAAGACGAUUAUCCUCGUCGUGAAUCGUCGCGCAUCGCUGUUUCUUCUUUUCUUCCAAUGCCAAGCUUGUCGCACAAAAAAUCAUUUGAAACGUUAUUUCUAGGGCCGAUUAAGAUGACGUUCAUUGACUCGUAAUUCUCUCAUUAAUUAUGCCCAAUCAAUAUCGAGUUCAUUAUUUCUAGACGAUCGCAUUGAGAAUAACGACGAAACGAGGGAAGAUAAAAGAAAGAGAAUCGAAAAAGAAAAUGAAAAAAGACGUUUGGAGUUAUAAAAAUGACGCACAUAUCAAAAAUCCAUCGAUUUGUUGUAGUACGAGCUUAGAAAUCCUAGUGAGUCAAUUAUAUAGUCAAGUAUUUCAACAUUAUCAUUGUAUAUCUUUCUCAUGAUAGGGAAAAAGGUUUGAAGGCUGUUUGAAAAAAAAAAAAAAAAAAAAAAACGACAUGGAUUUAAAAUUGGAGCAAUCAUUUACACAGCAUCGAUUACAUUUCAUAUUUAAGGAUCAACGAUCAUCGAGUCUUCGAGACUUUUUUAAAGAUGUGAAUUAAGAUGUAUAAGUGAUAGAAAUUAGGGAAAAUGUUAUCCCGUGAAAUCGUCGUUAUCCUCAGUGUCUUCUCAUUUUUGCUUUUUGUACGAGAAGAUAAAAAAUCCAAUAAUUUUCGUCCUGUGUUUAGUCAAAAAAAGAACGAAAGUUUGAGCGACUUUUCCGAUCAGUUUUGCUAUCGUAAGCUGCAGAUUAAUCUCGCAAGCAUUUUUUCUUUCAUUUCAAAUAUUCAUCUACAUUCUCGACAAAGUUAUUUAAAUCGGCCAUUUUUCUCUCGCCUUCAUUUUUCCAGUGCGACCUUAAAUGUGACAAACUCGACAGUCAAUUGUGAAAAAAGAAUGAUAAAUAUCUGGGUGACGAAUAAACUGUGUGACAGUGUUCAUUGGUCUUUAUUCUUUUUCUUUGAUCAUCAAAUUCAUGUGCGAAUUGAAAGUCCACCUGGUGCCACACGCUGGAACCAAGGAACACCGGGAUUUCAAAAUUUAUCAACGGUUGCACGAACGAGUGAGGAAUAUUUGUCUCAGCCACCAAUUCCGAAUUUUUGAGUCAUCGAAUUUCGCUCACAAUUGUUUCAGCCAAAGAAAUGCAUUAUCGUAAAGAAUAUUAAAGAAAUUGAAUGAUUUUUCAAACAUUUUUUUCAGCCUGACGAGCUAAAUUGGUGGAAUUAAAAAAAAAAAAAAAAAAAAAAAAAAACAAAAGAAUUCAGCAAAAGCAUAAAAAUUAGUGGCUUUCCAAUAAUCUGCUGAGAGUUUUGGAGGCACUUGGAUAAGAACAUUUGCAGAAAGAUUCCUUCGUUAAAAGUUUCAACGCGAUUUUCCUUCAGUUGUAACCCAAAAGGUACAAAAUCAUUGUUCAUUGUAUCGCUGAAAGCAUUCAAAAGAGGUGAAAUAUAAACGGGGAAAUUCGUGCUGGAUUUUGGGAGCACUGGACCGAGCGAGUGUCGAAAGGGUUUGAGCAUUCGAACGGAGGAAUUCUCUGCCACAUUGGACACGUCAAUUUAAAUCGAAUGACUCAAAGUUAAUAAUAAACAAGAAGUAACAAAAGUAGCCUCCGGAGCCGAUCGCUCGAUUCUCCGAUCGAGAAGAUCGAAAUAAAACGACAACGACAAGAAGCUAUUUUCCCCAGUAACGCUCGAGCAGGACAUCUCCACUGAAUAACUAACAAAAAAUUAUAUACAAGUACGUUUUAAAUGAGGAAACAAAAAACGGUGAAUUACGCAGCCAUUUUACUGGUGCACUACUUAACCGCAUAAUAAAAACAAGCAAACAAAAUCAUACUGUACGACUAUACUGUACACACGAGAAAAGAGAAUGAAUAAUAAAUCAACGUUGGGCAAUAAUAAUUAUUAUAUUAUGAAUAAAAGAAUUUUAAAAAAUAAUAAUAACAAAUAACAAUAAACUGACAUGAAUAUGAAACGAUACGCGAAGAAAUAAUUAAGUGGUGAAUAAUUAUGCGAUAAUCUAUAACGAACAAGUAAGUUGGUAGAAAUUGAUAAUAAAAGCAGUUUGUAUCGAACGUUGAGUGAACCGUUUCAUUUUUUUAUUUACAUAUAUGCGCGCGAACGCUUGUUAGAGAAUAUUUAAAAGGGGCGAGCAGAGAUUAAUGAAGCUGUGUAACCAAAAAUCCAGAAGAAAAGGCAGAAUCAACAUUCCGAAUGAUGCGGUCGACGAUUGCACGUGUACGAAGACACGCGUAUAUGCUUAAACCCGGUAGACCCUCGACGAGUCUCUAUUUUUCGUAGGUCUUAUUGAAUGAUCCAAAAGAUAAUAGAAUUUUCAAAAAAAUCAACGAUAAUAAUGAAAAAUAAUUAACUCGCAAGUUGAAGCAAACAAACAAAUGUUUAAUCCUCUCCUGUAAAUGGGAUUUAUAAUUCGUAUGAUGAAAAAAAAUCAAAUAAAAUGUUAUGAAUUCAUGUUCAACUCCUCGGGGCUCUUCUUCGCACGUAUUCCUUCCUCGCACGUAUUCGAAUUCCAAGCUUGCCACGAGGACCACGACGACUUUUGACUCGAGGGACCUCGCCGAAUCUCGAGCUAUUCUGAUCGGACCAUUCAUCUUCGAAGUCUCGUGACUUUCUUUAUUGCUGCUACGCUUUUUUGAACCUUUCAGAGAUUUUUACUUCAGAACGAUUCCCUGCAAAUUUACGUUCGUUGCAUUCGAGAGGAAGAAAGUUUGCAGUCGCUACUCAACGAUUAUUCUGGCGGUGACUGAAAAACUGGGGAUAAUCUCAAACCCUGGAAUUUCGCGUUGUUCCUGAAAAAACGACGAAUCAUUAUUUCGUUUUAUUUUUUAGGUAUUAUUUUAUAUAAUAAAUACAAAGUGUCGGCGAAAAGUUUUGCUCGUGCGUUAGCGAAUCCAGUAUCCUCAAUAGCAUUUUUCACUUCCGCUACAUUAAUUUGAAGUUUGGCCAGAAAUUCGUAAUAAAAAUGAUCGAAACAUACCCGAAAAUGCACCGAAAACAGACGAAGCUUUUUCACACUUUUGAGCAGGUUCGAGUCCCAGAGAAAGCUCGCUUUCAAAAAAACCUACCAGACACGAAAUCACAGAAAUAAUCGGAACAGCCCAACAAAGGUGAAUUCCUCCCCCGCAGGAUCCUGCUCACCAAAUCUAGUGGCAGAAACCCUCGGUGAUGAGGCUCCGAAGACGAAGAUUUGAUCCCAGCCAUAAACUUUUCGGCAGAGGAGAGCGAAGAAUUUCAGCACGCUCGAGAACCGUCCACAGCACUUCGAAACCUUUGAAAUCGUUUGAAAUCGAGCUAUGAAUAAGCGCGAUUACAGAUGGAAAAAAACAGUGCGAAAUAUGUAACGAGAAAAUAAUGAGGCCUGUGAAGUAAUAGUGACAGAGGGGAAAAAGCGUGUUGGCAAGCAUGAAAAGAUGAUUGCCGGAAGUGAAUCUCCGUAACGUAGCAGGUAAUUGGAUUGCUCCGGGAAUCGAGGAAUAGCGAGCUCAUAAUUAAUGAUAUUUGCGAAGAUAAAAGAAAAAUCUUCGAACUCCACGUGCCACGUCGCAUUUGCGUAUGGGAACUAAAGUGCGAGAGCAACAUAAUGUGCUCAAUGAAGUGGAAAAACGAAUUAUUUGAAAGUAAACGUUCACUAAUUAGAUGAGUCCACAUGUCUUGGCGGAACAAGUUCGCCAAGUGCAAAACGUAACCUUGGCGAAGAUGUAAAACGCGCCAGUCCCAAUUAUGUCUUCUCCCUUCUUCGAUCGCUUCCGGCGUGUCGCUAAUCUCCAUUAGACGAAAUACAACAAAAACAGCAAUUAUACGUGAACACUAAAAAUUCUCAAUUGUAUCGCUGCAUGGAACGCAAUACAAUCGUUGCUCGAAUCGUAUAAAAGAGAACGACGCUCACAUGCUUCACGACAGUAACCAUGAAGAGUUUCCUGCUUUUGAGUGUUUGCGCUGCGCUCCUCGCCCUGGCGGUCGCCCAAGGCCCGCCCGGAGGUGGCUCACCGGGAGGCGGCCCACCGGGAGGUCCAGGAGGUCCCCCCGGAGGCGGUGCCGGUGCUGGGGUCGGCGGUGAAAUCGGCGGAGGAUUCGGCGGUUCGAUCGGGGGAUUCGGUGCUGGAAUGAGCGGUGGUGCAAGUGGCCACGCUGGCGUUGGCGCCGGAUUCACUGGCGGUCAAAAGUAGAAUAAAAAGAUCCAAAUAUUCUGACGAGUCGUAUAUUGCACGACCAAAUGACCGAAUAUAUAUAACGACGCAACGGCAAAAGACACCGGAAAUUAUCACUACACACAGAUGCUGACAAGAUGACGGUGACAAGAACGGAGACAGCCCCCAGCAACAACAACACUACAACGCUUUGUUCGCUGUCGAGAAACGAUAAUGGCUUUGGAAUAAUUCGAAUUGUAUUGCUACUUUGUGACGAUUUCGUAUUUUCACAUUCGCUUCAAUAAAAAUUUCUUUAACAUUUA